AUGCCCGCCUCAGCGAAGCGCUCCCAGCGCACCCGUCGCGACGCCCGCCGCGAUACCUCUCCUGCAAGGAUAGAGGAUAGCUCACCCACUCGACCAGCCAAACGGCGCAGGAAGGUCGAUGAGCCCCUGCCUGUUGAGCCCGCCGACGAAGACGAGUCUAGCCUCACUGCCGACCAAUCUGGCCAGCCCGUAAGCGAUGACGAUCAGCUACUUGCCCAGGUCGUUCAACACUUCCAGGUGCCCAAAGAAGGUCCUGCCCAAGCUAGCAAAGAUCAUGCGAACUCGAUACACGAAGCAAAUGGAAGUGGCGUUCAGGCCUACGCCAAGAUCGCGGCGCAGGACUGGACGUUCUACAUCACCAAACUGAUUGUCAAUAUUGGUCGCCCGUCCGAGGGAGUUACUGAGGACGACGAUGAAUUUAUUCACAUUGACCUCGGUCCGAGUAAGAUGAUCUCGCGCCAGCAUGCCCGCAUCUACUUCAGUUCUAAAGAGGAAGUGUGGUAUCUUGAGGUCAAGGGUAGAAAUGGAGUCAAAGUGAAUAACGUCGGCCUCAAGCAAGGAAGUCUGCGUCGCCUAGAGGGUGGUGAGGUUCUAGAAGUUGGUGGCACUGAAAUGAUCUUUGUUCUGCCCACCGAGAUCAGCCCCCUUCACAUCGAUUCCCUUUACCUCAAGAGGGCCGGCCUGUUGCGGCAGCGUAUCGCAAGCCCACCCCAGCCGAGGACGGACUUGCCGGAAGAGCCAUCAUCGGCGUUGGGCUCAACUAUCAGAAGUUCCCGAGGUCAGCAAUUCCGCCAGCCGAUUGCGCCAGCCCCAGCAGACUACAAAAGGCCAGGUACUCCUCCCUCUGCUAUCCGCGGAAAACCAACGCCUUCGCAGCACAAAUCACCACAGUACUCGAGCUCUGGAACCUUACUACUGAACUCGAAUGAUCUGGACCUUAGCCUUGACGAAAAUAAGCAUAUCAAACCCCAGUAUAGCUAUGCGCAAAUGAUCACCCAGGCGAUCAUAAACACGCCAGAGGGAAAACUCAACCUCAACGGUAUCUACAACUUCAUCAUGAACAACUACGCGUACUACAGGCACCAGCAGGCUGCUGGCUGGCAGAAUUCCAUCCGUCACAACUUAUCCCUGAACAAGGCUUUUGACAAGGUUGCCAGAUCCACGGAUGAGCCUGGCAAGGGCAUGAAGUGGCAAAUUGUCCCAGAGGCUCGGGAGGAGAUGAGUCGAAGCGCAUACAAGGGUGGCCGAGGCGGUCACAGAGGCUCAUCCGCCCCAUCAUCACCUAGUCAGUUGAAUUACAUCACUCACGGGCCAAGGGACGUGAACGCCAGGGAGCCUGCGUCAGGUCGAAAGCGGAAAGUUUCGGCGACAGGAUCACCGCCACCAAGUUCAUCUUUGGCUGCUGUCCAGUCUACUCCGGACCGCAGCACACGCCGUCUUGCGCCUCCAAGCACUGCGUUGACUAUCGACGGCAGCCCUCUGCCGCGACCACGCAAAGGCGGCGGUGCCUCUGCAGCAAACAGCUUCACCUCGGCCAGCUACAAUGAUCAAUCACCCACAUUAACUUCCUCCUACCUCCCAGACGAAAACACGUCCUUCGUGACGCCAGCGCCUCACCGCGUCCAUCCUCGGUUGGCUCCUCCGAGCACUGCUCAACGGCCUAGCCAGCAUAUGCCUACCAGCUCGCCAGCUCCUUUCUGGAAGUACGCAGACAUUGGGAGUACGCCCCUGAAACCUGCCGCCCAUUUCGACAUGAGUCCGUCCAAGCCUUCCUUGGGUGGCAUUCCGCAAAGUAGCAGUCCACCUCCUGUAAAGUCGCCAAAUAGCCCCACACGAUCUCACCAUAAGGAGUCAUCAAGAGAGGCGCCAAGUGAGCCGUCCAAUCCUCCAGAGAUCGAAGAGGAUCAAGGCUUUGAUCUAGCAAAGGGUUUCCAGAGCAUCGGGUCGUACCAUGCACCCGUGAGUCGGGGAUUGUCCGUAGCUAGUGCCAUGAAUGGCCAUCCUUAA